GAAGGGACGAUCAGCCAUCAAGGUAUGGCAACGCCGAUCCUCUUGAACUCAUGAUCGUCGUCACGAGGUGGACCGAAUGCCCGAUGAGCUGCGUGUCUGUAUCGACAUGAUCAAGGCUGAGCUCCAAACGGCGUUCACUCUGAAGGAUCUCGAGACGAUGUGCCUGGCGGUCAGCUUGUCCAAGGCCGACACCAAGUCGGCGUGCGCGAAGAAGCUCCACGCUUAUUUCGACGCGGUCAAGCGCCGAGAAGCGAAGGAGCGCGCCACGCAAGGUGACGUGGCCGUUGAAGGCGCAAACCUCGUUGCCAUUGGACUCGACGAGCUGUUCGACCACGAAUCGUACGACAUUUUGCGUCGCGACAAAGCGAUGGAGGCGGCGGUGCUCGGCGUCACAUCCCCAGCGCCUUGCGUCGACAUGCAAGUUAACGCUACUCUUCUCCUGCCACCGCUCGUGAUGAG